ACUUGAAACAAAAUCCCUACUUUACCAUGCAACAAAACUCAUAGUCACCUUCUAAACCAAUCUUUCAAAUCUCCCCCGAUCAAAUCAAAAUGGGGUCUGCAACAUCGUCUAUGGCUGCAAAGUUUGCAUUUUUUCCACCAGAUCCUCCAUCAUAUAACAUAUUCGUCGAAGAACCUACUGGGAAGAUGAGGAUCUCUGAUGUUCAUCCCAGAGAAGAUGUGGACGUUAUGACGAUCAACACCAAGAAAGGGAAUGAGAUUGUUGCCUUGUUUAUCAAAAAUCCAUCUGCUUCACUCACUAUGCUCUACUCUCAUGGAAAUGCUGCUGAUAUUGGCCAGAUGUACCACGUUUUCAGUGAGCUUAGUGUUUAUCUGGGUGUUAAUCUAAUGGGGUAUGACUAUUCUGGUUACGGACAAUCUUCUGGAAAGCCAAGUGAGCAGGACACAUAUGCAGACAUAGAGGCUGCAUAUAAAUGCCUUGAAGAAACCUAUGGUGUAAAGGAGGAAGAUGUCAUAUUGUACGGACAGUCAGUUGGAAGUGGACCUACUUUGGAUUUGGCUGCUCGUUUGCCUAAUCUGAGAGCUGUGGUUCUUCACAGUCCAAUACUUUCUGGUCUUCGAGUAAUGUACCCUGUUAAGAAAACAUUCUGGUUUGACAUUUACAAGAAUAUUGAUAAAAUGCCACUCGUCAAUAGCCCGGUUUUGGUGAUUCAUGGAACUGAAGAUGAUGUGGUGGAUAUCUCCCAUGGUAAGCAGCUGUGGGAGCUUAGCAAAGACAAGUAUGAACCUUUGUGGCUUAAAGGAGGUAACCAUAGUAACCUGGAACUCUAUCCAGAGUACUUGAGGCAUCUCAGGAAGUUCAUAUCUGCCGUUGAGAAGCUACCACGACACCGGAAUCUAACUGAGCUGAGUCCUCUCAAGACAAUAGAUGACAGCAAAAAGGCAAGAUCAAGCAGUGGAAAGAGGGACAAGGCUAGGUGGAGCACCGGGCAGCUGAGAGAAAAAUCAAGAAGGAGCACAGAGAAUAGAGAGAAACCGUGGUCAAGAAGCAGUACUUAUAGUAGAGAAAAAUCGGGGAGAAAACAAAGUGUGGAUCGAUCUGGGAAGGCAAGGAAUAGCACAGACUCGGAUAGAGCAAGAAACAGCUUCGACCGCUUGGGAGAUAUGGUGAGAUCAGUUGGAUUGUGCAAUGUUGAUUGUAUGAAGCCAGCAGCUUUCGAAAAUUUCGAUGCUUGA